ACUCCACAACACUUCAUUCAUUUCUAAAAUAUUUCUAAAACCUUUUGUUGCUUUCUGCUUAAUGGAAGGAACUUAAUCUUCUCUCUCUAACUCACUCUCUCUCUAACGCUCUCUUUCUUUUUGUUCUAAGCAUUUUUCUGUGAACUUAAUUCAAUAAUCGAUUUUCUCUUCUUGUUCUGAUCUACCAAACAUUCCUUAGAUUGUGUAGUGAACUGUGGUUUUAGAGUUUGUUGAUGUGAUGUCUCCGGCUGUGGUUGUUAUGGAGGAGGAAGGGCGGAGCAAACUGUCGUCGACGGUGGUUUCUGCUUCUACGCAAUCCUUAGACCGAUUUUCUCAGAAUGGUGUUGUUGAUUUGAAAGAAAGGAAUUACUUGGGAUUGUCAGAUUGUUCAUCAGUGGACAGUUGUGAUUCAUCUCUCCCAAGCUUGUGUGGUGAGAAAAAGGGGAAUUUGAAUUUGAAGGCUACUGAGUUGAGGUUGGGUCUUCCUGGAUCUCAAUCACCGGAAAGAGAUUUGGAAUUUUACUCACCAAAGCUUGAUGAGAAACCAUUGUUCCCUUUGCUUCCGGCAAAAGAUGGAAUGCAAAAAACUGUUGUUUCGGGUAACAAGAGAGGGUUUGCUGAUACCGUGGAUGGGUUUUCUCAGGGGAAGUUUAAUGUUAAUACAGGGAUUAACGUGAUGCUAUCGCCUAGACCUGUUGGAGCACAGCCUAACACAGUGAAAGAAAUACCAAGUAAGGUGUUGCAGGAAAGGCCUUGUGCUGCUAGAGGAACUGGACUUAAUCAUGCCGGUGCUGCAUCUAUCGGUGCACAGGCACCGGCUUCUAAGGCACAAGUUGUUGGUUGGCCUCCUAUAAGAUCAUUUAGGAAAAACUCCAUGGCCACUGCUUCCAAGAACAACAACGAUGAAGUGGAUGGAAAACCAGGUCCCACUGCACUCUUUGUGAAGGUCAGUAUGGAUGGUGCUCCCUAUCUUAGGAAGGUGGAUCUAAGAACUUAUUCAGCAUAUCAGGAACUAUCUUCUGCCCUUGAGAAGAUGUUCAGCUGUUUUACCCUAGGUCAGUGUGGUUCCCAUGGAGCUCCAGGAAGAGAAAUGUUGAGUGAGAGCAAGCUAAGGGACCUUUUGCAUGGUUCAGAAUAUGUUCUCACCUAUGAAGAUAAAGAUGGAGACUGGAUGCUUGUAGGGGAUGUACCAUGGGAAAUGUUCACUGAUACUUGCAGAAGGCUGAAAAUCAUGAAGGGUUCUGAUGCCAUUGGCUUAGCUCCCAGGGCCAUGGAAAAGUCUAAAAGCAGGAGUUAGAGGGUGUCUGGGCCUGCCUUUGUCCAACCUACUUUUACUGCUGGAACCUAGGACUGUAAAAAGCAAAGGAUUAUGACUAAUUCCCUGGCAUUAGCAGUUAAAAGGAUUUCAAGUGUUAUUUAUUGUUACGUCCCUGAAAAGUUUGUUAUAUUUGUUACCACUAUAAUAUCUUGUGAAGUUGCCUUUUAAUAUUAGUUUUUGUGGAGUUUGUAUCAAUUAUAGGGAAACCUCUUUGUUUGGAUGAAUUGAAUGUCUCUUGCAGCCAACAUUGGUACUAA